UUCGAACCUCUAAAGGAAACGAAAAUUGGUUGGAGAAAUCGGUCGUGGCGAAAUUAAUGCUCGACUGAGUACAGGGAAACGACUUUUGGUUCGAGUUAUCGAGAGGUUCGAAAACUCGAGUGUUCAAAAAGUUGGAAUUCCACCGUAACUUCAUCGCUGAUAAGUUGCGAACGAAGACUGACAAAUUCAUACGAUGCCGAUUGAAAUUCGAAAUGGCUCAUUCCACAACGGAACCUCCACCGACGGAGUCAGCAGUCGUGAAGGAACACUUACGACGCUUUAAACUCGUCAUGUACAUUCUGAUCCUAGUAAUCAGUGUCCUGGCCAACACAUUCAUGCUCUUAGUACUCUGGAGGAAAUUUCGCCGACACAGAAAAACAGCCAAGAGUUUUAUCGUGUUGAUGCAGAACCUCGCCUUAUCUAGCCUCGUUCUCGUGCUAGCCUCCAUUCCAUUCGACGCUGUCUGGCAGGAGUCGGACACGUGGCCGUUCGGUCCCGGGGGGUGCAAGAUUCUGUGGCCAUUACAGACUGCUUCGUUGCAGGCUAUGGUGUACACUUACGUGGCUCUGGCGUAUCAUAGAUUCUAUGGCGUGUCAAAAAAUCUCCUUGGUCAAAUGAAAUUCAUCUACGCUGUCGUGACCACGUUCUUUAUAUGGAUUGCGGGUAUCAUAACAGUUAUUCCAUUGGUGCUAAACUUGGAUUACAACUACGGAAACCAUACCUGUGACAGGAAUUGGAACUCGCAAUCAAGCCGUCAGGGGUACACCAUCUCUCUGUUGCUGCUGGAUUACCUACUGCCGCUUAUCGCUCUGCUCAUUUUGUACGUGAUGGUCUGGGGACGACUCCAAAGGUAAUCGUCUUAUAGCUGGAUUAUCAGUAAAAUACAAGUAGCCUCGCAUUUUUCAGGGUUGGUUGAGAGGGCGAAUACACGAGGGCACGUGAAAAUCACCUCGAAUAAGUUACGUCCAGCCUACGUCAGAGGAAUUUGAAAACGGAGGUUUCACUCUGAAAAC